AUGAAUCCAUCGGAAUUCCGAAAGAAUCUUAGAUUGAGAUUUUGGAUCUCAUCUCAGUUUCCUGCCACCGUUAGCGAGGCUCCGAUCCUUCCGAUGAACGAUCUCCUAAUGAUUUCAAUUGGAGAGGCCAUGGUGCAGUCACCCACUGAUGUGAAGAAUCAGAAUUUUGUCGCCAUGGCUGAAAAUAUGGUAACACAGGAACACGAUGAACUCACUGAAGCUCUCAACAAUCUAUUUACUAAUGUUUCCACCAUGAUUAAAGGAGAUCUUCAAGUUUCAUUACAACUGUUAGCAAUUGUAAUUGAUUCUGUUUUUUUAUCGUUGAGGUUUUCAUUAAUCAUAUGUCUCCAUUCAAAUUAA